AUUGGAUUUUUUAACCUAUAUCAUUAUUAAACGACUUAUUCCUCAUCAACAGUCACAAUAUCAAAAAUACUUAAUAGGUUGGGAAUAUCCCUCUUGGCGAAAAGAAUUUAAAAGUGAAUGGAAAUUAUUAGCAAACUCUGAAAUAAGUGAUCCAAAUAAAUAUUUGCAAUCAACCUUUCAAAUUUCUGAUAACAAUGAAAAAGAAAUGCAUAAUAUGUUUUACGAAUAUGAAAAUAUUUUAGAACAAGCAUUAGCAAUUAUAAGGCAAGAACAUGAAGCAAAAAAAUUUGAAUGGGGAAAAGCAAUUAGGCCAAGUUUGGACGGUAUUUUUAAAAUGGUAGAGGAUAUAGAAAGGUAUAAUAGAAGAAUUACAAAUCCACGAACUUGGCAAGAUCUUAAUCGUCAUACUAU